AAGCCAUCCAGAGGUGACCUGAGAGUCUUUCUGGGUCUGAACGGGACUCCUGACCCACCAGCUGUUGGUCCCUAGCUCACUAUAAGAAGCGGCACGGUGGGACUUGGAGCGUUGCUUGGGGGGCACCACAGAGGAUUCUCAUGUUCUGACAGCGCUGCUGGGGUCUUGCAAACCAGGCAGAAGACCACUGCAUGUAGGGGGCGACGUUGAUGCCGGGAUAGUGCAGAAAAUGACAUCCUAUCAGAAGCUGAACACCAGCGUCCCCCCAGAGGCAGGGGAUGAAGCUGCUGAUGAGAAACCCUUGUGUCACCAGAAGCUGUCGGCAUGGUGGCUGGGUGGAGGCCUCCUGAUGGUUGCCGCCCUGCUCAGUGGGGUGACGGUUUGGGUCCUGGGCCAGAUUUGGUGGAGCCAACAUAAAGUGUUUCCCCUUCCCAAGUGUGCCUCCAUCCCCGAAAACUUGCGCUUUGACUGUUACCCAGAAAGAGGGACCGUGGUGACGAGAGAACUGUGUGAGAAGCGGGGAUGCUGUUUUGUUGAAACCGACCGUCCCAUAGGCAGGGCAAGAGGGGUCCCUUGGUGCUUUUACCCCCCAGAUUUCCCCAGCUACUCCUUGGGGAGUAUGAAUGAAACGCAGAUGGGGAUGGUGGGCUUGCUGACCAGGCAGACGAAAACUUAUUAUCCAAGCGACAUUGAGAAGCUUCAACUCAGCGUGGAGUUUGAAACAGACACCCGGGUGCAUGUUAAAAUUAUCGAUGCCACUAGCCCUCGUUACGAAGUGCCUCUUGAUGUUCCUCGGGUGGCGAAGAGAGCAGAGAAUCCCGUGUACACCGUUGAGUUCUCCAAGGACCCUUUCGGGUUGAUUGUGAAGCGCCGGACUUCAGGGGUUGUGCUGAUAAACACAACUGUGGCACCCUUGUUCUUUGCGGACCAGUUUCUCCAAAUUUCUACUCUCCUGCCUUCCACAUUUCUGUAUGGGCUUGGAGAACAUCGCAGCAACUUCCUUCACAGCCUGGAGUGGACCACUUUAACUUUCUGGGCCCGAGAUGUCCCUCCCAUGGAGUCCUGCAAUCUCUAUGGCGUUCACCCAUUUUACCUGGUCAUGGAAAACGGUGGAGAUGCCCAUGGAGUUUUCCUUUUGAAUAGCAAUGCAAUGGAGGUGGCUCUGCAGCCUGCACCGGCCCUCACCUGGAGAACCAUUGGAGGCAUUCUGGAUUUCUACAUAUUUUUGGGACCGGAUCCCAACUUGGUGGUCCAGCAGUACCAGCAAGUAAUUGGGUUUCCUGCCAUGCCACCAUUUUGGGGACUGGGAUUCCAUCUGUGCCGCUGGGGCUACGGGACAAGCAAUGAGACCUGGGAGAUCAUAAAGGCAAUGCGGAAUUAUCAGAUCCCACAGGAUGUACAGUGGAAUGAUAUCGACUAUAUGGAUGGCUAUCGGGACUUCACCGUGGACCCCCAGAAGUUUGGCACUCUUCCCCAGAUGGUGGAAGACCUGCACAAGCAUGGACAGCACUAUGUGAUGAUUCUGGACCCUGGCAUCAGUAGUACUCACCCCCCAGGUUCUUACUGGCCUUAUGAUGAAGGUUUGAAGCGUGGAAUAUUCAUCAACACUACCCAAGGGAAACUUCUAAUAGGGAAGGUCUGGCCUGGUCUCACUGCUUUCCCCGACUUCUCUAACCCGAACACUCACCAGUGGUGGUUAGAGAAUCUAAACCGUUUUCAUGCCCUCGUUCCUUUUGAUGGUGUUUGGAUUGACAUGAACGAACCGUCCAACUUCAUGGAUGGGUCUCAGGAAGGCUGCUCCCAAGGAGAACUGGAUAGCCCACCCUAUGUACCUGCCGUAAUGGGAGGCUUCCUUCCUGCCAAGACGAUCUGUACCUCGGCCAGGCAGAGUACCUCCGUGCACUACAAUCUCCACAGCCUUUAUGGGCUGAUGGAAGCCAAAGCCACCGCCAGUGCUUUGAUCAAAAUCCGAGGGAAACGGCCCUUUAUCAUCUCACGCUCCACCUUCCCAAGCCAAGGGAAGUAUUCGGGACACUGGCUCGGAGAUAACCGGAGCGAAUGGAAGGACAUGAUUUGGUCUAUCCCAGGUUUGCUCAGCUUCAGUCUCUUUGGAGUCCCAUUGAUUGGGGCUGAUAUCUGUGGCUUCUCGGGCUCCACCUCUGAGGAGCUCUGUAUUCGCUGGAUGCAGCUUGGUGCCUUCUAUCCGUUCACACGAAACCACAACACACAGAUUGAGAAGGCCCAGGAUCCCAUUGCAUUCAGCCCUGCAGCGCGAACUGCCAUGAAGGAGGUGCUAGAGACCCGCUACGCCCUGUUGCCGUUUCUGUAUUCCCUCUUUCAUCGGGCACACCUGCAAGGGGACACUGUCGCCCGUCCUUUGUUCUUUGAAUUCCCAAAGGACGUGGCUACCUACUCAAUAGACAAGCAAUUUCUGUGGGGGAGGGGACUGUUGGUGACCCCUGUGCUGGAUCCUGGCAUGGAUUCGGUGAUUGGCUACUUCCCCAGAGGCAUUUGGUACGAUUACUACACGGGCUCAUCAGUGAACAGCAGCGGGGAGAGUCUAAAAAUGGCGGCACCUCUGGACCACAUCAAUGUGCACCUCCGUGAGGGGACCAUUCUGCCGACUCAGAAACCUGCCAGCAGCACUUCAGUGAGCCGCAGGAACCCUCUGCGCCUGAUCGCAGCCUUGUCACAGAAUGCCAACGCCUGGGGCGAUCUUUUCUGGGACGACGGCGAAAGUUUGGACACCUUUGAGAAGGGCGACUAUUCUUAUCUGGUGUUCAACGUCACGCAGAACACCUUUAUUUCCACUGUCCUGCAUUCCAAUGUAGAAGCAAGCUACAUCAUGGUGGAGGCGCUGACUGUCUACGGGGUCCGAGAUGAGCCAAAGAGAGUGACAGUCAAUGGGAAGGAAGCACCUUUCUCCUAUUUGAAAAACCAGGUUCUCUCCGUGAACAACCUCCAACUUAACCUUAGCCACGGAUUCUCCAUACGAUGGAUGUGAGGUCACCCCAGUUGUAUGAAUGUACUGCUGUGAACAAGCGAGGUCUGUUGCUGUAACUGAGCCUGCAAGGAACUUCUGGGCAGGUUUGCCGCUCCAAGCAGGCUUGCUGUGGCCUCCUCUCCCAAGUCAAGGCUUGCCUCCUCUUGCGUCUGCCUCAGAAGGAAGCCCUCAUUGCUUGUGCGUUUCCAGCCGCAAGUCUCCAUCUUGCUUCUGUGCUUAACUCCGUGAGCAUCCUUUGCAUGUUGCCAAUUAUCCUACGACCCACCCCUCGUGUUGGAUGGGGCUUUGUGAUUUCAUUCAAAAAGGAGAAGAGUCGGUCGUGUUUGCUGGGCUAGAGUUCUUGGGACAUAAGGGGUUUUUUGUACAGCAACCCACAGCCAUGAUGUGCCACAACUCCUGUAAUCCCGACUGUGCUGUUUCACAGAGAAGGUCUAUUCGUCAAUGAGGGAAAGAGGGCUUAGCAUGCAUUUGAAGGCCCGGGGCGAAACAGAUGCAGGUAGUUCCAGUCUAAGGGACCUCAGGGAGGAAGAGGCCGUGGAGUGCAUCUGCUUUUGAGUAUGGGGCAAGACGAUGCAUGGGUCAUCGUCUGUUUCGAAUGGGUUGUCCAGCAUCGCAGCUGUGCGGGCUGGACUUCCGCUGGAGGGAAGCAGAAAAUGCACCAUGGCCAAAGUCUCUGUGCCAUCCAUGCCUGGCCUUUGUACUGCUUGCCAAUAAGAGGGGCUGGUAUAACGUGCACCCUUUGUCUCCUUGAAGCGCAGAAAUAAUCUGUUAACUAAAUCCCAUCCUACGAUGACAAGGUUCCUGGUUCACAGUCCAGAGUCCUGGACAGCUUCCUAACAGCCUGGUCUCAGUGGUCAAUUUUGCCAGUAUUGGUGGGAAAGCCAGCUGGUCUUUUGUACCCUUUGUUUUGUUUAGUUCCUUCUGGCAAUUUUCACAUUAUGCUUGAAGAUGCUGAGCAGAGAGAUCAAAAUCAGUGACCUCGCUCUGGCUGGUAAGGGUGGAGGUCUGUGGCUGCACCUCUGGCUUGUUGUGCAGCAAGAUGGCAGGGCCACCAUGUUUAAAACACGACACACAAAGCACCCGGAGGACCUUUGGCCAACUGGUGAGGCUCUGCCUCAGACAGGUUCGCCCUCAGGAUCCCUCGCAGUGCUGCAGAGGUUGUUGGGAUGCAAUGUGCAGGGCAAAAUCUAGGCCCUUACCUCUCAGUCUCUCAUACCUCAGGAAGCAGUUAGGGUGCUCAAGGCGAUUGAGCUCAGCCCUAAACUCACCCUCAGUUUGAAUGUCUACGAUGCGUUACAAGGCUAAAAAACACCAAACGCUAAUCCCCUUUGGUUGCACUAUUUUUGCACAGAAGGUCUUGUUCCCUUCCCACACAAGCAGAAAUUCUCCCUGCUUAACGUUGUCCAUCAGCAGAUCUCCCCACUUCUAGAUACUUUAGAAAAAAUCGAUUCUUGGCAGUGCACGUGGUUUUAAAGUUACGUAUUAUUAUUAGGCGACACCUCCUACCCCACCUCAUUUCUAGUCCUGGGCCGUUUCCACACGACUUACCGGCCUCCGGAGUAUUGCGUGAAACA